AUGCGAGUGGUACAUUAUCGCCAGAAGGCUCUUCUUUGGAGCCAGCAAAAGCAGUUAAGGCCGCAGCCAAGGAAAAUCAGGAUAACGCUGGCCACUUGGCAGAGAAUCCUGUCCAGAAAUACGGAUGAGUUCUGUCGCAAUACCACCAUUCAUGGAUUGAAGUACAUUAAUAACAGCAAAUUGAGGAACAGUGAUAGGUUAUUUUUCGGCCUAGCCCUGCUGGCGGUGCUCUCCAUAGCCAUUUACCUGAUACAGGACGCCUUCGAUAAGUGGAACACCACUCCGGUUAUAGUGGGCAUCGAUCCGGAGCUGACUUCCAUUGCCAACGAGCCCUUUCCGGCGGUGACCAUCUGCAAUCUGAAUCAGGCUCUGGCCGAAAGGGUUAAGAGCCUGGCCAACGAUUCCAUGGAGUUUGCUAUGCUGCAGUUGCUCUGCCGGCGGAAGGUGGAUGUGGAAUCGGUCAAGGGAAAUACUUCCAACUGGGAGGAGUUUAUACUAAAUAUCUCACAACCCUGCAAAUCAAUGGUGAUUAACUGCCGUUUUGGCGCCGACGAUUUUGAAUGUGCUCGUUUAUUCCAUCCCAUUGUGACUGAUGAGGGUCUCUGCUGUGUUUUCAAUAUGCUGCAUCCCAGGUUUAUGUACCGGAAAAGCGUUCCCUAUUCGCACCGCAACAUAACCCUGCCCGCGGGUUUCCUGGCGGUCAACUGGCACGCGGAGUUGGGCUACCGCAAGCGAGGAUCCCAGCCGGACGGGGACACUCUCCUCUACCCUCGCCGAGCCCAAGGCACGGGCGAGUCUCUGGGCCUUUCGCUGACCCUGGAUGUGCAGGCGGAUGCAUACUACUGCUCCUCGUCCAGCAGCAUUGGCUUUAAGAUCGCGCUGCACAGUCCGAAUGAGUCGCCGAAUGUGCGCGAGACGGGAGUGCUCUUGGCUCCCGGAAUGGAGACCAAGCUGCGUAUAGAUCCGGCUAAGAUCCUCACCGAGAAGCACCUGCGCAACGUGGACCGCCAGAGCAGGCGGUGUUUGUUCCGCAAUGAGCUGAAACUCCGCUGGUUUGCCCACUACACUCAGCGAAACUGCGUGGCCGAGUGCCUGUCCGGGUGGCUCAUCCGGCACUGCGGCUGCGUGGCCUUCUACAUGCCGCGAUUGAACAAGAACGACACCACUUGCUCGCUGCGCAAGAGGGAGUGCGUGGAGCUGAUACGAUUCAAGACCAUUGUGGCGAUGGAGUCCUGCCUGGACGAGUGCCUGCCCUCGUGCUUCGACCUGUCCUUCAGUGCGAUUGCCUAUUCCACGAGGAUCUCGCACGAUGGCUUUAGGGAGGCUCCCUCCAAUGGCGGCUGGAACUUCUCCGACGCCUAUGUGGAGCGCAGCGUGGCGGUGGUGAAUAUGUACUUCAAGGAUCCCACAUUCAGGGCCAACAAGCAGACCGAGUUCAUUGGCUUCUCCGAUUUUUUGUCUUGCGUGGGUGGUCUCAUGGGUUUAUUCCUGGGCUUCAGCUUUCUCUCCAUCGCCGAGUGUGUGUACUUCGCCUUGAUCCGACCCUGCCGCACUUGCUCGGAGAUCCGGCAGCUCAACCAGCCCAGGGAACAGCAGGUUAACCCCAUGAAGUCUCCGCCCCCCGGCAACAUCAGAUACAUUUCACCGGCACAUUGGUUUCAGGCCGAGUUGGCCCAUCAGCAGCCCCACCGGCAGCACUUUAAUCCUGCUUAA